AAGAGGUUUGAGUUUUCACUUGAAGACAGAGUUUUGUUUCUUUGAUUGUAGUCCCAUUUUAGAUUAUUUUUUUUUUCAUUUUUGUAAAGACUUCACCAAUUUAUAUACGCCUGCAUACAAAUGCGGGUGUAUUAUGCUAUACUGCUGUCGUCCGUCUGUUCUCUGUUCGUCCGUCUGUUUGUCUGUCUUUCCUUUUAAUGUUGUCUUCGCAACUCUUCCUAAACCCUUUGUGGGAUAUUGAUGAAACUUGUUACAAAGAAAGAUCACAAUGUGGAGUUGUGCAUAUUGCAAGGGGAAUGCUGUCCAAUGUUUUUAAAGGAGUUGUAGCCAUUGGACUUAAAUACUUUGUCUUCGCAACUCCUCCUAAACCCUUUAGGGGAUUUUGAUGAAAGUUGGUACAAAGAAAGAGUACAAUGUGGAAAUGUGCAUAUUAUAAGGAGAAUGCUGCAUCGCUAUUUUUGAAGGAGUUAGGGCCCUUGGACUUAAAUUUAUUUUAUGCACGUACCUUGUCUUCAAAACUCCUCCUAAACCCUUUGGGGAAUUUCAAUGAAACUUGGUACAAUAGAAGAUCACAAUGUGUAGAUGUGCAUAUACAAUGGGAAUGAUGUCCCACUAUUUUUGAAGGAGUUACAGCCCUUGGACUUAUAUUUAUUUAAUUCAAAAUACGUGAUUAUUGCAACUCCGACAAAAUCCUUUUGUGGAUAAUCCUUUCUUACUUGUUUAAAUUCCUAGGUCAAUAAUGUAUGCGGGCGUAUCAUGUACCGAUUUAGCGGUGCCCUAUUUUUGGAAGUGAAAUUCCACACAUUGCCGACUCCUACCGUGACACGGGACUUCCGAGUUUUGGUCGGAAGAGUUUGUAAUGGCGAAGAAACGGUUACUACCUAUGUUAAACGUCUUCGGUUUGACGCAUUGCCAUCAGAACAUGGGUAACUCACCCUCAUAUAUAAAUUUACAUUUCCAUUGUCGCUAUAGUCUUUGAAAUCUUUAAUGCCAAGCAUAUCGUCAUAUAAUGACGAUGCAGUUGUGUAUAAGUUUGACAGAUAUAGUACGUCUAUUUUAAUAUCUGUGAAUGUCAACAGAAAUGAAAGUACAAUGUAAAUAUACAUAUAAGAAAUACAUUUGGUAUUUAUAAAAUCAUGAGGGUAUGGGGUGCGACGCUUCACGCCGGCGUACUAUUCAUGAAGCGUCGACAAAUGAAUGUUCUGGACUCCCGUACUGACACUGGCAACAGGAAAAAAUCAUCGCCCGUGGACUCCUAAUUACCCCUGUUAAUUGUCAAUACACACCAGAUACUGAUGUCUACUCCCAACUUUGCAUUUAUGUCAACAAUAGAGUUCAUACUUCGCUGCUGCAUUUACUGCAGAUCGCCAAUUUAUUUGCCACUUUAACGAACACAGAUCGCGGUCACCAAUUUCUUAGAUUUGUUGAUUUUCCCCUCUUUUUUUGCUUUGGCAUAAUUAUCAAGGCGGCGGCAAUCCUUGCCACGCGUAUUUUUUGUAUCGAUGUAAUAUUGGCCCUCAGCAGCUCAGUAAUAUUUCAUUUUAAAUCUUUUACAUGUAUCGUUUGCACAACAAGUAUCAACGGCAGAGCAACGUUCGAAAUCACGUGACCAAAGUAUGUAAAUUCAACGGUGCUUCAGCAGUAACUCGAAGGUCUGCUGUACCUUUAGUUGCAGUGCAUCCGUAAAUCUUUUGUGGUAACUCUUCAACCUCCUUGAGUGACGAUUCAAAUCAAAAUUAUGGAUGAAAAAGUCGAAGAUCCUAUAAAGAAAAUAAAAUUAAGAGAAGGGCAUGCCAGAGGUGGGAUCCGGUGCCUAGGAGGAACGCCACGACACAUCACGUCCAUCAGCGGUAUUCAAUUAGGAGGAAUAUAAGGAUCCAACCAAAAUCACUGAGAGAAGUUCAACACUUAUUGGACCAUAAUAUGUAUAUUAUACUUAAAAACAAUAAUGACAGUAUGAAACAAGCAAGAGUAAAACCUUUGUUUAAGAAGUGUAGUCCUCUGCAAGAAGAUCAUAUUAGGGAGAACACAUCCAAAGGACUUUUUACAGGAUGGAUGCAUCUCCAAGGUCAAGGAGUUCCAGAUUAUGUGUAGCAGCAAUAGCACUAGGAACAACCCACUGUGGCUGUGGAUUCUCUUUCAUACAUAAAUGGAAAGAGAUACGGUUACCUCGAAAACUACAUUUUUAAAGUUUUGGAUCAGUUCUUUGAAUCCGGAUCAGACACUCAAUGGUUUCGGACACGAAGCAGAUGAAACAUACUUCAGUCUAACUGACGAUACGGAAGGAGAAUACGUAAACCAUUACUACUUUACAGAUUUCUUGAAGCAAAUGUUUGAGAAUUUCACACCUGGGAUCAAAAUUCAGGACACCAGCGGAAAAGAAGUUGAAACUGACGUAUUGCUGUACGAAACACUGAAAUUCGUUGUUGAACAAGUCAUGUCCAUAGGUGGAAAACAUUUAAAUAUUCAAGAUGUCGACUUGGUAAUUGCACUACCAAUUACUUGUAACAAUAAAGUAACCAGGUUCGUGGAGACCUAUGCUCUUAAGGCUGGCAUAAGGAAGGAUGGGUUAUCUAUUGUAUCUAAUGGGGUUGCUCAAUAUGCGGACGAAGAUGAUUGGGAUCGUAAUUUAGCGGGGAGUUUCCAGGAAAAGAGCAUAUAUUUUUCAGUACGUUUUGGAGACGAGCAAACUACUAUCAAUAAGCAUAUGAAAUACCGGAAAGGAAUCGAUCCUGUCAUUAAGAGCACCACAUUCCCAGUGGGUAGCCAUUCAAUUCUCUCGGAUAUCCUUUCAUUCUUAAAAGAUGGUCUUGGCACAGAUGUCAUCGAGGAAUUUAAAAGCGAUUCUCCAGAAGAAUAUAAAUCCACCAUUGAUGAAUUUAUGAGCAACAUAAUGAAUUUUAGAAUGGUAAUAUGUGUUCCGCAUCCUCUGAAAUCCAUUACAAGAAGGGAAUGGAAGGAUGAUAUAUCAAAUGUGUUGAAAAAUAGGAUCAUAGACGGAAGUAUUACGGAAUCAAAUUGCAAAAUGAAAAUGACUGAGGAAAGAAUACAUCGACUCUGUAAAUCAACCUUCGAGAAAAUGAUGAAGAAAAUUGUAGUCGUCAUGGAACAAGAAUGGCCUGGCAAUGUAAAGAGGCUAUUCAUGUCUGGUGAACUUGCUAAUUCUAAGUUUUUCAAAGCAUUUCUCAGGGGGAAAAUGCUCAAAUGUAGUAUUUGUAUUCCAAAAAAUGCACCACUGGUUGUUUUGAAAGGGAGUGUCUAUUAUGAACAUGUAGAUAGCACACAAUGUAGUGGUUAAAUCUACCUGUGGAAUACUGGUUUUGAAAGAUUUGCAUUGCUCCAAACAUCCCGUCGAAAUGAAACUUACUAUCAACGAGGAAGACUAUUCUGGAAAUGUCAUCACAUUUUUUGAAAAGGGGGACAUAAUUCAGCAAAAAGGAUCGAUAACAAAACGAAUUCAACUUCCGAAUCCUGACGACGAAAAUUUUCGUUGCUCUAUCUUGUGUUCAGAAUUGGAAUCACUGGAGUGUGUAGACAAUCCAGCAUGCCGGGAAAUAGGUUCAAUCGACUUACCGUUUCCAAGUCCACCGAACAAGCAUUCCGUGUAUGAGGAGACAGAGUUUAUCAUGAAAUACGAUUCUUCGGGUCUCUCUUUAGAAGCCCAUCAUGUCUACAAGACUAAGUCCUUCAAAGUGUCGUUGUUUGAUGCAGACUGUUUUUAAAUGUCUUCUUAUAUGUGUCUUUAUACACAGUGUAACAAAUGUAUGUAAGAGUGUGUCUAUGAUAUCUCUGUGAUGCCGUUGAAAUGGAAUUGAAAUAUGUGAAAUGUUGUGUGAACAUUUUGUUACAUUCAAGUGUGUUACAUUUUUUAUAUACGCAAUAUCUUGUUUUGCAUAUGAUCAGUUUGUAAAUCGAUGAAAGUUUCUGACAAACAAGUUAAAGUUACAUGGACUACAACAUUUUCGUUUAAAGUCAGGAUUGGCAAAUUUUAUGUUCGUUAUAACGAUCUAGUUUGCCAAUACAACCUGUCAUUGGGUUAAUGCUGUCUGACGUGUUUCAUACCUAUUGUUAGGCUCUUCUAUAUGCACUGAUUUUGACUACGAAUUAAUCCAUUUACCUGAUCAAGAUAUAGAGAUAACGGGAAAUGUGACCGGUAGACAGGGAACACUUACUCCUAGGCACCUGCUCUCACCUCUGGUAUGCCCAGGGGUCCGUGUUUGUCGAAUUCUGAAUUUUUAUUUCCUAUAGGAGCUAUGAGAUUGAUCAUUGUUCGUUGACGAUUUUUUCUUAUUUGAUUCAUUGUUCCUGUAUAUUCAGGAAACAUAUGACAGUUAAGAGAUCCGAUUCAUCACUGACAAUUACUCUGUGGUUCUGCCAUCUCUUGAAGUAUUUGCAAAUAAACCGAUUUUAUAGGAAUAUGAUAGAAUUCGCUCAUAACUGAAACAUAGCUGUGAUUAUUUUGUAUAGCCACAUUAAUUUUCCUUUUUUUCUAUAUUUUGUACUGCUGAUCAAUAUCGAAGUAGCUUACUUCCUGUUCCAGGAUGUUCCCUUCACUUAGUUUUGAUUCAUUCCUCGUUUUCCAUGUGAUUUUCUUGGAUGUCUAUUACAUUACUAAAAUGACAUAGAUUAAUCACUUUGUGGAUUUCAUAACUUUAUCAUUUUAGCAUUUUAGAGAAACUGGACAGUUGAACAUUCUUAUCCACUUGACCACGCUAGCCGCAACAUCAGAAUUUACUUAAAAUACCCAACACCAUUCUAUCCUUUGCGAAAUUGUGAUGGGGAAUUCAACGGGAGAAGCUAUCAGCUAUCAUGACUGUGAUGAAUCAUAAUUGUGUAUUCAAUCUAUGUCUAAAACAAAAAGUCAGUGCUUCGUGAUCAGAAAUUGAAUGCAUCAUAUAUAAUUAUCUAUAUUAUCUUAUGCCAAAGGUAAAAAUAUGAACUCAUAUGGAUCUUUUCAAAGAUGUUUCCUUCAUUUUUUUCGAAACAAGAAAAAUAUAUAUGUUGCGAUAAUUUAUCACUUUAACGUACCAUUUGUUGCUGCUAAAUUU